AUGUCCAAAUCCACGGAAAAGCCGCAACCACAGGGGGCCGCCAUCAUGAGCGAUGAGCCAGGAAACGGCAUAAAACCUCUCGGCACGCCCGACAUCACAAGCCUACAGCGCAUUCGACAGGUCUUUGCGCAGCCGGUCCUAGCCUCGUUUGUUGCAGGCGGCGUGGCUGGCGCAGUCUCCCGGACCGUCGUCUCCCCCCUCGAACGCCUCAAGAUCCUGUUCCAAGUCCAGAGUGUCGGUCGCGAGGAAUACAAAAUGUCAGUGCCCAAGGCUCUGGCCAAGAUGUGGAGGGAAGAGGGCUGGAGGGGCUUCAUGGCCGGAAAUGGCACAAACUGCAUACGCAUUGUUCCAUACUCUGCUGUGCAAUUCAGUGCAUACAACGUCUACAAACGGUUCUUUGAGAGUGAGCCGGGUGCACCGCUCGAUGCUUACCAACGAUUACUCUGUGGAGGUCUUGCCGGUAUCACCUCUGUUACCUUUACGUAUCCGCUCGAUAUCGUCCGCACGCGGUUGUCGAUUCAGUCUGCAUCCUUCUCAAGCCUCAAGAAAGAGGCCGGCCAGAAACUACCGGGUAUGUGGGCACUCCUCGUGAACAUGUACAAAACCGAGGGCGGAAUGCCAGCGCUAUAUCGCGGCAUCAUCCCUACGGUAGCUGGCGUUGCACCAUACGUUGGCCUCAACUUCAUGGUUUAUGAAAUGGCCCGUACUCAGUUCACACGCGAUGGCGAGAAAGACCCCGGUGCGUUCGGCAAGCUGGCAGCCGGUGCAGUUUCUGGUGCUGUCGCGCAAACCAUUACAUACCCGUUCGACGUCCUGCGACGAAGAUUCCAGAUCAAUACUAUGAGCGGCAUGGGAUACCAGUACGCAGGUGUUGGUGAUGCUGUCAAGCAGAUUAUCAAGACAGAAGGUCUCAGGGGCAUGUAUAAGGGCAUUGUCCCUAAUCUGCUCAAGGUUGCGCCCAGCAUGGCGAGCAGCUGGCUCAGCUUCGAAAUGACUCGAGAUUUGCUCAUGGGCAAAUGGAACUCGGGCUUUUUGUAA